AAACCAAUAGAUGAAAGUUUCGAACUACAAGAAAUUUAUAAAAUUUCAAACUCUGGACCACUAAAACAAUCAAUACGAGGUUAUUACAAUGGUAGCCUAUUUGACGUCAGACCUCACAGGGAACUAUUUCGGAGACGGAGAAACCUCACGAGACACGUUCUGACAAUGGCCAAUGUUAUACAAGACAGCAACACCACGCAAUACCAUUUGGAGGAUCGAUUAGAGGGACAGCAUGAUGCAAUAGCUAAGAUGUCGUGGAUGGUCGUGAAGCUCGCUUUUGAGAUGCUUAAUGCCACUCCGCAGUACAUUUUCAGUCACCGCUGGGGUUACAAACAAAAUGGCCGCUGGUCCGGCAUGAUUGACGACAUACUCAAUGGUAGAGCUGAUUUAGGUACCAACUGCGCGAUAUACACUGAGCGUUUAGACGUGGUCACUUACACUGAUAAUAUUGCCCCCUUUAAAGUCGGCUUCAUCUACCGCCAGCCUCCUCUCUCCUACGUCGCGAAUAUCUUUACCCUGCCCUUCUCCACCGAAGUGUGGCUGGCCAUUGCUGCCUGCGUAUCCUUCUCUACAGUCACACUGUAUAUCUCCAGUAAGUGGGAGACAAAGUAUGGCAGGACACAACUUGAUGGUAAUGUUAGCGAUGCGAUUCUUGUUACUGUUAGCGCGUUCAGUCAACAAGGAUGCACUCUUGAGCCAAGGAAAGCUUCGGGUCGCAUUAUGCUCUGGGUGGUGUUUUCUACACUAAUGUUGCUUUACGCAGCGUAUUCAGCCAACAUCGUCGUUCUGCUUCAAGCACCUUCAAGCGCUAUAAGGACAUUGACACAGUUAUCGCGUUCAAAAUUAACACUAGCUGGUAACGAUGUCGAUUACAACCAUUUUGUUUUUGGUAUGUACUCGGACCCAGUAAGAGUCGAAAUCACAAAGAAAGUAAAGCCCGCGAAAGGUCUGGCACAUUUUUACGAAAUUAAUAAGGGUGUGGAAAAAAUUCGACAGGGCUUAUUUGCAUUCCAUUCUAUUGUGGAGCCAGUUUACCGUCGUGUGGAACAGACAUUUCUUGAAAUGGAGAAGUGCGAUCUUGUGGAGGUUGACUUUAUGAUGGGAUUUGACCCCUCUGUGCCUGUUAAGAAGAAUUCGCCAUAUUUAGAGCUAUUGAGAGUGUGUUUUAAACAGAUUCGUGAGUCGGGUCUACGAUCAGCUCUGAACAAGCGUCACCAAGUGCAGAAACCUCAGUGCUCUCAGAAAGUGUCAGCGUUCAGCAGCGUUGGUCUCCGUGAUCUUCGACAAGUCUUGUUUCUGAUGCCGUACGGAAUUGUGAUUUCUAUUAUUAUACUUGUUAUUGAAAAUAUAUAUUACAGGAUGUAA